AGUGUAUCUAAUCUUUAUUGUGUGUACUGAGCAUUGUGUAGACUGUGGGACCAAGGUGGGCGUGUGUGCUUUAAUAUACAGGAACUACUGUAUUCAGCACAUGUGGCUAUCUAGGUCUGGGUGUUACAAAAAAGACUACCUUGAAUCCCAAUGCAAAGGCAUUCCAGAGUCCAAAGACUCCUACAGGAUCAGUGAAUUCAGAUACUGGAGACGGUUCACAGGACUGGGCAGACCAUGAUAGUGGCAUCUCGGUUGCCUCCUCUCCCCAGGUAGCAAUGAAAUCACAGGGACCCUCUGGUGCCUUUCAGAUGAACGGUGACAUGGGCAAGUACACAGCACUUGGUUACCCACCCACCCCCGAAUCCCCCGUCUUUCCCCUCGCCAAUGGACACUUAUUUGGGCCCGAGUACCCUUACCUUCCCGAUGGCCAAAUUGUUACUGCUGAAGACAUCUCACAGCAGGAGCCUCCGAAAGGAGAUGAUCUACGCAAACGUCUUCAGAGACAACUAGAGUACUAUUUCUCCAGGGAGAACCUGGCCAAUGACAGAUAUCUCCAAUCACAGAUGGACUCAGACCAGUAUGUGACCAUCAAAACGAUAGCCAGCUUCAAUGCGGUCACCAAACUAACCCAUGAAUUGCCGCUAGUAAUAGAUGUACUGAGGGAAUCACCCCUUGUUCAAGUAGAUGAGAAAGGAGAGAAGGUUAGACCGAAUCACAAACGAUGUACAGUCAUCUUAAGAGAGGUCCCAGAUACUACUCCAAUCGAGGAUGUAAAAGCCCUCUUUACUCACGAGCAAUGUCCCAAGUUCGUUAGCUGUGAGUUUGCUCACAACAACAACUGGUACAUCACAUUUGAAUCGGACUCAGAUGCCCAGAAAGCAUACAGACAUCUACGGGAACGGGUUGGCCACUUCCAAGGGAAACCAAUUAUGGCAAGGAUAAAAGCGAAGCCUUUGCAGAGGAUCACCUACACACAAGCAGCACCCAAGGUGCUCAAUGGCUACCAUCUUGCCACAAGUAACUUCUCCCAGGCCCAGACAGCAGUAUUCCAGCCAACGCAGUUCCAGCAGUACACCACCGCCCCUUCUGCAGCGGCGGCGGCAGCAGCUCAGCAGCCCCUCAACGGAAUCAUCCAGCAGCAGCAGUACACGUACUACCCUGCCAACGUCCCGCCACAGUGGAGCCAGACGUACUAUGAAGCUCCUCAGGCUAUUGUAAGUCAGCAGCCUCAACAGUUUGGGACCACCAGUGCCUUCCCUCAGAAAUACCAACCCACCAACACACAGACCAGUAGACACAAUAGUUACCAGGGAUCCAGGAAUUCACAUGUUAUAUCAAAUAGAACCAUUAAGAGUCAUCCUCGGUCAUCCAGUACUCCCGAGCUGCGGAUGAACGAUCACCGUAUGAACGAUCGGAUGGGUAUACUAGACCCCAACCUCCCGUCACACCACUCCCGUCACUACCACCCCCACGAGCAUCGCAGGUCGACGCAGCCCUCCAUGCCCCUAAGUAGCUCCCGUAUGCCACCUUACCCCCGGGGAGGGGAGGAACCCCUGGAGAGGCUGGAUAGACUGGAUCGGAUGGACAGGAAAGAGGACAAAGGCGGAGGGGAGGUGUUCCUGGCCCCCAAGAGGAGGGAGGGCGCCAGGAGACCACACCCGCAUUUCAACGAUGAUACCCAUAUCGGCAGCACUAGUACCUCAUUACAACAGAGUCAUAGUGGUCAUUAUGACCUAACACGUAGGAGACCUUUAAGUAGUAGUAGCUCUUCUAAUAACAGUACCUUCCGGAAUAGACGGAGGCGAGAUGACGACAUCAUCCCUCCAAGCAGAAGAAGCAACAGCACCAGUGGUACCCCGGUCACCACCAGCAGUAGCAACAGUAAUCCCAGUAGCAGCACCAUGAGCAGUGCAGGAGGCACCGGUAGUAGCAGUACAAAUACCAAAGAAAGUCGAGACCCCAAGGAGAAGGAUACAACCAAGACACCGUCCUCUCCAAAGAUUGAUCUGGCAUCGUUUCCGCCUUUGCCUGGAAGAACUUCCAAGGAGGAUGGGGGUGAAGAAGGGAAGAAGGAGGAGGCCUCAGGAAGCAAGGACGUAGCCCCGAGUAUGACUCCAAUGGCCGAUGUCGUCAAAGGUCUCAAGGAACCCAAGCGAGCUGCGAGACCGGUUGAACCUAAGCCAGUACCAGUGCCAUCAACUAAAGACAGCUCAACUAAUACAGCCAGUCAAUCCUCUGCAAGCAAGGAAGCCGAGAAAUCGGUCGCACCUACCCCUAAACCGGCACCACCAACUCCACAAAAUACCAAGCAAAAGCAAACAUCGUCGUACACUCAGACUGACCCAGAGGAGAAGCAAUCAUCUAAGAUGGAGGCAUCUCCGGCUCAUGGGAGCAUGGCUGCAUCCUCGACCAGCUCUGCUACCAAGCACAACUCUAGGGCAUCCAUGACAGCUACAUCUACCACACAUCCAUCCUCCUCCUCCACGACCACCAACUCCUCUUCCUCUGCAACGCCUGCUGCAUCCAAGACCAGCAGCAGUAGCAGCAGCAUCCAUCCAGUCUCAUCUGAAUGCACCAAGUCUGUUUCCAUGGCAACGCAGGCGGUGACAUCAUCGGUUGGCACGGCAACGUCAGCCACCUCUUCUGCUGCCUCUCAUGUGUCUGCCUCAGGGAGAUCAUCGGCUUUGGCAGGGAGCAGCAACUCGAGUGCGGCAGCCCAGGUCGCAGCCGUCAAGACAUCGGAUGGUAUACCACCACCAAGGCUCAGCUAUGCACAAGUCAUUGCCAAGAUGUCGGCAGCCAAGGCCAACCAGGCAGAGAACCCAGAACCUUCCAAAACUAAUAGCGGUAACAAAACCACUGCACCGACCUCCGGUCCGAAAGACAUGCCGAACUCAAACUCCUCUAGCCAUGAGAGAACUGUGAAUAACAUGUCUACCCCACUCUCCAACCACGCCAACUCGCAGCCACACGUGCAGCCGAUGAAUUCCAAGCCUCAGAGGUUCCCGCGGUAUGGGCGGGGUCCCAAGAUGGAACAGAACGGAGGGGACGGGCACUUUUACUCUGGAGGUAGACAUAGAGGAAGGGGAGAGUAUGGGGGUAGAAGAUCUCCACCCCAUCAUAAACCUGCCAGCAAGUAACAUUGGCUUCCUCUUCUAUGGAGGGAGCAAGGCAGCACACAUUUCGCUCGGCCUGCUUCUCGUAGUGGAAAUGUUUACUUUGCCAAAAAAAUUGAGCUGCACAGUGCUCGCACUUUAAACGAAUAGAAUGAGGAAUAACGAUGGGAAUUGUCACAACUGGAGGUUGGUCUUCCUUCAUGGAGCAGGACAGUCAACUUUAUUACGACUUUCAUCCAUGUGAAAGUACUUGAGCUGAGGUUACUUCGUAAUCUACGAUGGAAUGAAUAUUAUACUGAUUGGAAAAUGGGUUUGGUAUACUUUAUACCUGUAGCAGCGGUGAUUUGUCAACAUUGAAACAUUACUUAAGAUGAUCAUAAUGUUGCGGAUGUGGAGGUGAAUUUUUCAAAACUGUGCUUUGUUUUGAAGUGAUGAAUGAAUGAAUGAAUUCUGGAGAGGACCAGCAUAGAUUUUUCUUUGACACUGAAAUUUUUUUGUUUAAAAUGUCUUUAUGUGGUAUGCCAAAAUGUAGCAUUGACACAACUUUUGAUUGGUUGGAAAGGUGGCUUCCAGACGCAGCAUUUGUCAGUUCCUGCUUGUAGGCAAUUAUACUAGCAAUUGAUUCACCAGGCAACGGCCGUGUCAGUGGACAAUCAUUGAUGAUGCCCUUGUCUUUCAAUUACAUGAACAACUUGUUGUUUUUUUUCUGUUGACUAUUGUCAUUUUAUGUAGAGAUCUGCUUUGUGAGAUAUAAAAAAAAACACAAGCACCAAGCUUAAUGGUUUUGCAAAGCAGCAAGAUGAGCUUCGCUUGUGACUUUGUAAUUCGUUUGUAACCGUGAGACGCCAUGUGUGCAGGGAACUUGUCAGAGAGGACUUUUGAAAGGAGAAUUAGGAUCGCCCUUGCGGAAGAAGUUUAGAAAUGGAAUCAGGAAGUUGAGCCAAGAGAGACUCGAAAGGUUGAUAAACUCGUCCAAAGGGACGAUGCAGCUGUGGUGUGCCUACAUGCGGAUAAGAGGUUGACUGUGACUUGUUAACCAUUGGUGAACAUUACCUGUGAAAGGUGUGGGGAAAGGCGCAUGGAGGGAUGUUUCCUGCAUCAAGAGAAUAUCUUGAGGAUUGUUUGUAAGAAGCAUAGGUGCUUCUAAAUGAAUAGAAAAGAUGUAUAUUUGUACAGGGAGUAGGUGUCACAGCACUGUGUGCUGAGGGGAAUUUGAAAGAUAACCAAAAAUACCCUAUAAGGGGAAUUUGUUCCAGUGUAAGAAGACCUUAUAUUAGUAUUUGAUAGCGUUAAAAAAUCUUUGAUUUAUGGAAAAUGUCUUUGGGUAACAGAUUUACUAGAUACUGUUACUUAGUUCUGAUUUAUCCAGCUUAAAUAAUACACGAGGGCAAAUUUCCAAAACUUAAUCCUUAAUCCAUCUCUUAUAAAGUUGCCCCAAUGAUUCUGCCACAACAAUAUUCAAGAAAGCUUAGAAAAUCAAUUUUCUACACACAGCAGAAUAAUGAAAAAAAUGCUUUUGCAGCAUAAUUGCUUGUUGCACAAAACGGUAUACCAUUGGAAAGAAAGAAAUAACCCCUAAAAUUCAGCAAUCACCUUUGAGUUGGAAAAAAAAAUAGCCCCUUAAAAAUUAGAAUGAUUUCCUACACUGGAUCUUUCUCAUCCUGCUAUUAUUGCAGGUAUGUUUGUGUUCUUCAAAUUGGCCACACUUCUCAAUGUUUCAUGCAUAGUUUGAAUGAGAAGAAAAUGGAUAUUAAAAUGAAUGAUAACAAAGUUUUAAUGAAGAUGCUAAUUUGUGAUUUUAGAUUGUGAUUUUGUUUUCAUUCCAUUGCCAGUUUGAAGAGCAAGGAUUAGCUCUUGUUUCGGAAUUGCAAAACAUGCUGCACUGGAUACCCUCAAAAAAUUUCAGUACAUAUAUGAUUUUUUCCCAAUCUUAUUCCAUGAUUGGUUGCUAGUAUUGAGGAGAAAGAGGAACUGCAAAAGGUUAUCUUAAAAAACAGAUACACUUUAUCUCUUUGGGUUGAAUGGAGUUAUGUAAAGCAUGCUGAUGGAACAUUUUGCUUAAUGUGUUCAAACCGUGUAACAUCACCUGGGCCUCGUAACAGAUAGCUUAGCAAUUGAUUAUUGGACUGAUGUUUGUGAUUGAUCAUACACAACGAUUAUUACAAUCAAUCAUAGAAUUCAGCCCCACGAUCAAUUCAAAUUAUAUUAUUCAUCAGAUCAUCUGUGACAUCAAAUCCUAAUGUAAUCACACUUUGAAUCCCCUCUCGUGAUAACAGGAAAGUGGUAAUCUGAAUGGUAACAUAGAUAUGUUGCAUAAAUUUUACACGGUUACGGUGUUAUCCAAUUUAUUUUUGAAGUGCUGUACAUGCUUAACACAUCUCAAGAUGUAUACCUGGCAUUGGUGAUUGUAGCAGGUAGGGGAUCGGCAAGAAUGAUUACCUGAGAGUUCUUUGUAGAGAGCAUCGUUUAUCCUCUGGAGAUGUCAAACAAUGCAGAUUGGAGCAAAACGGAAUCGUCCGGGACAGACUUAAAAAGAUGUCUUUAUCAUUGCCCUCUUGAUGCUACGAAUGAAGCGAACAGUAUUCCUGCGUUGUCGAUCUCGUCAAUGAUCCGUCUUUCUUGUCGCAAACUAUGGAGAAUACAUUACUUGCCAUUACCCAUCAUCGUGAUUACUAGAGGAUUUCAGACAUCACCACAAGAUGUACUUAUAAGUGACAAAGAGUAUGUCCAGCACGUGUAGAUAUUGUGUGUUGCCAGCCCUUGCAUCGUAGAGCAAAACGCUUGGCCUUCAGACAUGAUGUUGUAUUCUCCAGCUAUAUGCAAGCCUCUUUCAGUCACCUAUCCACAUACCCAAGAAUGCAUUGUGGUAUUCUUGAAAGUGGAGGUGGUAGUAUAACAAAUGUUGCAUUAGUCCAUGUUGUUUCCCUCUGAUUCAAGAAAAUGAGCUUGCCAAUUUAUAAGAGACUCCUUAUGCAUGAUGAUGUGUCCAUUUUAUGUCCAGCUACCUGUGCUAGAAAUAUAAUAUCUACAGAUAGAACAAUCGUGUACCUCUGAGAUGAGAGUAUUAAAGAUUUGUAAAAUGUGUAUAAGCUUGCAUAAGUAUGGUAACACUGACGUAUACAGUUCAUGGGAUGCCUCGUCACAAGGAAUUCAAGCUAUGAUAAAUCCUCAGUACUUAUCUUCAAAACCAUUCUGAAAAUAUCUAUUUUUCACACAUGUUAAUCAAGAGAGUGACGCGAUUCCGCUCUUAUUUGUUGAUGGAUAUAACCGAAAUAUCUUUCAUUUCAUAUCACGGUGAUUGUUUUGUUUGUAUUCUCAAUAUGUCGGGAGAUUUGGGUAACUGUAAAGGAAGCGGUAGAUCAUGUUUUCGUUCCGAGCUCAGAGAUCCCCUGAUAUCAGACCCCACUUGUAUUUCAUAUCAGUAGAAGAAACUCUGCUAGAUGAGAAUGAGAGGAGACUCAGCCUUGUGUAGGUCGUACAUGGCGACUGGCUGGAAUACUCCCCAGGAAGUGGAGAUGGUACGAGGAAAGUUUGAUUGUAUCUCACCAGGUAAAUAUAUAGUGCUGACCCCGAACAUUAAUGUAAUCUAUAAUUAUUUUCUUUACUGUACAGUCAUUCCUUUUAUUAUACUUCGCAAUGUGUUGAUUAAUGAUCCUUGGGUUGUUCUUCAUCAUCUGUAAAAGAACCCACCCUCUCACCCAUUUUUUGUUGGUUUUGUGGAGGGUUUGUAAGAGUGAUUUCUGGAGGCUCACCAUCAAAUAAUUACUCAGUGAAUGAAUUAUAUAAAUCAGUUGUACUAUGAAGCAAAAGUUGAUGGGCUAACCUAGUACAGAGAGUUUUGAAAAAAUAGUGAUUGAGCUAUCAAUAGUGUAGGGUUCCCAUAGUCAUGGAAAAUCCUGGAAAAAUUUGUGGUCAUGGAAAGUCAGGGAAUUUGAAAAUUUGUGAAAAGUCAUAAAAUUGCAUUUACCUCUUGGCUAUGGCAGCUUUCCCGUUUGUCGUGUCUCGCAACUCUCAUACUCUGUGAUCAUACUCUGCUGUUAUAAUUGGUGUUGAUGAUUUCCAUUUUUUCCCAGUUUUUUGCCAUCCCAAAUUCUACAUAACUCCCGGGACGUCACGGGAAGUCAUGGAAAGCAGCAAUUUAGUCAUGGAAAAGUCAUGGAAUUCUGUUUUCAAAUUUCUGUGGGAACCCUGUACUGUUCUAAACUAACAGUUGGUGUUAAAUGCUUUGUUUGCCAGUGUGACCCCCAGCUUAAAGCGCUUACUGUACUUGAAAUCACCCACUGCGAUUUUUAUUUUAGUCAAAAUAUCAGGGAGAAUGGUCAAGUUAUGCAGAUUAAGGAGAAAUGUGGAGGGGGGUCUUUCUACUGCAGAGUUGUUUUUUUUUAAGGAAAAUCCUAA